UUUUCAAAGGGCUGAAGAAAGCUUUCAUUCUCUCAUUCUUUGGAGAUCGAAACAAAGAAUUAAGGAGAAGAACGACGAGGGGAGUUCAAUGCUCAAAGCCUGAAACGUUUUGAUUUCUCCUGUCUUGAAUGUCUAGGAAUUCCUUUCCUUUGGUUUUUAAUUUCCAGUAUUUGGAGAUUUUAGCAAAUCUUGGUUGAGCAGAAGGAUAAAUCUUAAAUCUAUUCAUUGAUGCUUGAUUUUUGAAAAAAAAACGAUUUCAGAGAGACAUUUUUUUGGAAGAUUAGGGGAGGAACGAUCAGCGCAUUUAAGAUGAUCAGAGUCUUCGGCUUGGAAGAUCGGAAUCUGAGACUAUAGUCGACUAGCUCAAUUGUCUCUGUUGCACUAGAUACUGGAUCCUAAUCUCGGUUAAGGAAUCGGUUGAGUGAGAAGUGGUUGUCGAUUGACGUUCUUGUAAUGGUGAAUCUGAGUAGAAGAUUUAGAAAUCGUUCCAUGGUGGAGAACUGUUGGUUCAGGACGGUAGAUUUUUGAAUUUGUGGUGGAGCUCUGGUCUUGUUAGUGCUCUGCCUGAUGCUGUUUUGAAGGAAUCAUUCUGUAAGGAGUGGGCGAAAAGAAUCGGCGCUUUCCUGUGGUGGUUUUGACAGAGGGGAACGCAGAUCUUGGCGUGGAAUUUCAUUCUUGGAGGGGAAAAGGGUUAGAUGGAAAGAGAGGUGGUGAAGAAUCUUCCUCACCGUGGAGAGGGUUUAUGUGGAGCUCCCACCGAGAGUACGUCUACGGAUAUCCUAUUGCAGUGGGGCAACCGGAAACGACUUCGGUGUAUGAAGUUUCAGGUCAAAGACGGCUCUUCCGAUAAAACCACCGUUAGGGUCGACCGACGCGUGGUUAGAACAGACAAAGACCCUUCAACCUCCACCGCCGCCGCCACCACGGCAAAUGACAACAAUAAUGAUCUUAAUCUCCGUCGACAUCCCCCUUCGACGUCACCUCAUCGCAUUCUCAGGAGUUCUGAGACUUUGUGCGCUAUGAGGGGGCAAACUAACGGCAUGAGGAGCUCCUCUUCACCAGAGACGGUAGGAGGAGGAGGAGGAGAGGAGAAAGCACUGGCAAAGAGGGGGAGUAACCACCACCACAACCACCACCACCACCACCAUAACCACAACGGGAACAGAAACGGUGGUGUCGGUGGGGCGUCGCCUUCGUCGGAGACGGCGCAGGAUAGCAAGAAAGGAGGAGGGGGAGGAGAAGGGUCACCAUCGGGGAGCGAAGCGAUCCAGGUAUGGCCGCCGAAGUUCGUGAUCGCGCUCACUAAUAAGGAGAAAGAAGAGGAUUUCAUGGCCAUCAAGGGGUCAAAACUUCCACAGAGACCCAAGAAACGUGCCAAGUUCAUCCAGCGCACCCUCAACCUGGUGUGCCCGGGGUCAUGGUUGUGCGAUCUAACCCUGGAACGGUACGAGGUUAGAGAGAAGAAGAUCACCAAGAAGAGACCAAGGGGGUUGAAGGCAAUGGGGAAUAUGGAUAGCGACUCCGAUUAGAUGUCAAUACACUCUAGGAGAAGAAGCUGAAAGAGAUAUAGAUAGGCAGGCUCUUAGGCAUAAUAUAUAUGUAGAGGCUACUGGGAGGGAGAGAUGGGGGAAGGAGGGGGGUUAUGGGUUCCGCGGUGUCUUAGGUGCUCUAUGUAUUUGAUUGUUCCAUUGAUUAAUGUUUCUUGUUUAAUCAAGAAAAGGAUAUGCAUAGCCUGUAGCUAUCUGAUCCUGAUGUAAUGACAACUCUUGGUUUCAUCUGUAAAGAGAAAUUUUAUUUGGGUGUUUAAUUCA